CUUUCAAAUGUUUAAAUGUGUCAUCUUCAAACAUCUAAUCCUGGAAAGGUUACCAAAGUCAUGACCAACACUAAUUGUCCAGUAUUACCUGACACUUUAGUGAUUGAUAACAUCUCUGAUGUCAUAUCCAGCCUGCGAGAUGAGGGAGUCGGUGAAAUAAUCGGAGGAGGAAUUCCACACUUAGAUGGAUGUCCUUCCUAUGAAGAAUUCUUCUUGCGCUUUCUGCUACCGAAUAAGCCAUGUGUUUUAAGUUCAGAAGCAACAGCCAAGUGGCAGAGUCGCAGAGAAUGGGUGUGCAAAGAUGGCAAGCCAGAUUUUGAAUUUCUACGACAACAUUUUGGAGAUGCAGUUGUUCCAGUUGCAGACUGUGGUAAACAGGAGUAUUGUGCUCAUCCGAAACAGGAGAUGUUACUCGGAGAAUUCCUCCAGUAUUUGUGUUCUGAUCAUGCAGGGAGUGAGGAAUGUCUCUACCUGAAAGACUGGCACUUCACAAGAUCAUUUCCAGAUUAUACCGCCUAUGAGACUCCGGUGUAUUUCCGAUCAGACUGGCUUAAUGAAUUCUGGGAUACCCAGCUUGAUAAACCGGAUGACUACAAGUUUGUCUACAUGGGGCCAAAAGAUUCCUGGAGAUGCAGAGAUGUUACUCGGAGAAUUCCUCCAGUAUUUGUGUUUGAUCAUGCAGGGAGUGAGGAAUGUCUCUACCUGAAAGACUGGCACUUCACAAGAUCAUUUCCAGAUUAUACCGCCUAUGAGACUCCGGUGUAUUUCCGAUCAGACUGGCUUAAUGAAUUCUGGGAUACCCAGCUUGAUAAACCGGAUGACUACAAGUUUGUCUACAUGGGGCCAAAAGAUUCCUGGACUCCGCUCCAUGCAGAUGUAAUGAGAUCUUUCAGCUGGUCAGCAAAUGUGUGUGGUCGAAAGAAGUGGAUUUUAUUCCCACCUGGUGAGGAAGAGGCCCUGAAGGACAGGUUUGGUCAGCUUGUUUUUGAUGUCACGUCCUCCGAUCUCGAAAAUACAUCCACCUACCCAAACUAUGGAAAACUUCAACACCAGUUCGAGGUCAUACAGGAAGCAGGGGAGGUAAUCUUUGUGCCCAGUGGAUGGCACCACCAAGUGGUGAACUUGGAGGAUACCAUCUCUAUCAACCACAAUUGGUUCAAUGGCUGUAACAUUGACAUCUGUUGGAAAUUCAUGAAACAGAGCUUGGCAGAUGUGAAGAAAGAGAUCUCAGAUUGUCGGUCCAUGGAUGGAUGGCAUCAGCAGUGUCAGCUCAUUCUUAAAGCAAGUGCUGGGAUUGAUGUCAUUGAGUUUUAUGGUUUGUUGCUGUCAAUUGCCCUGCAUAGACUGAAGUCUAUUGGUUGUCUAGAUAACAGUAUUAUGGUACACCAACUUUCAUUGGAUGUCAGGCAUUCAUGUGACUCUGAUACUGCUAACUCAACCCCCGAUCCAUCUUCAGUUAAUAGAAACAAGAUUGGUAAAUCUUCAAGUGAUAAACAUGGUGAUUCGAUUGCCAAUAGUUCUGCAGUAUUUUCUAUUGACAAAACUGUGUUUGAUCAUGCCAACAUAAAUAAAACAAGCAAAUCUAAUCAAGAAAACCAAUGUGAAAAAGACUUUAGUGCUGAAUGUGCAGAAGAUUAUUCUUCAUUAGAUGGGAAAAGAUUUGGUGAUUCUAAGACAGAAUGUUUGUCAAAUCGGAUAGAUGGACAUUCUCUAACAAAUACCAACUUCCAUACAGUAUUUCGAGACAAAACACAUUCAGGGGAUUGUUGCCUUGAUUUGCUUGACGGAUUAUCUCAAGAAGAUGUAAAAUCUGGAUUAUUUCAGGAACCAGAUGUAAAAGUUGGAUUAUCGAAGAAAGCAGACAUUAAAGCUGGAUUAUCUCAGAAAUCAGACGUAAAAGAUGGAUUAUCACAAGAAACAGAUGUAAAAGCUGGAUUAUCUCAGAAAGCAGACAUAAAAGCUGGAUUAUCUCCAGAAGCAGACAUAAAGUAUGGAUUAUCCUGCGAAUCGGACGUUAAUGCUGGAUUAUCUGAAGAAACUGCUAUGAAAGCUCAAUUAUUGUCAAAAGCAAAUGGUCGUCGUGGCAGAUUGCAGAACAUGCACUGGAGGUUCUGUGAGAAACGACAUGCUCUGUUUGACCUGAGCAGGGUCAAGGACAUUGUUCUCGAGGUGACACAGGAUGAGGACUGGAUACAGCUGGACACCAGCUGUCUGUCCGUUUCUCCUCGAACACUUUUAAAUGAAAUAUUGCUCAUCACAAAAUGCAGCAAAUAAAAAAAAUUAAGUUUUG